AUGAAAAAUUCAGAUUUAAUAAAUAAGGAUGGUCGUGAUAACGAUAAAAUUAUCGAAUUAUCAACCGUCCCGCAAAUGCAUCCAGAUCAUAAGUAUACCUCAAAGCCCAUAAAUACGCAAGAGAUAGCAGCUGUACUUCAAAGUUUAGAGAUCACCCAGGAAAUUAAACCGAGUGAGAAAAUUGGUUCUGUAGAUAUUCCUUAC